AUGUCUAAAACAGCUCAAGCUGUAGCUUUCCUUCUCCUGGUAGUGACCACUUCCACUGCAGUUUUUGUGCAGCCAGGGCUAGCCCAGGUGCAGCCACCACCACCUGGAACCAUACCACAAAUUGCAGGCCUAUUCCCACCUGGAACUCCAAACGAUAUAAUGCAAUGCUGGUCAUCCAUAAUGACCACCCAAGGAUGUGCAUGGGAAAUUUACAGGUCUCCUUUUAGCGGCCAAUUUGGCAAUACUGGCCCUGCUUGUUGCCAGGCAAUUCUGUCCAUGCAGGAAAAUUGCUGGCCUAAAAUGUUCCCUAUAAGUCCUAAUUUCCCACCAACUCUCAAGGAUAGCUGCUCCCACAGUGGGGCGCUGCUGCUUCUGCUGCGUAGCUUUCCUGUACUAAUAACUCGUCUAGUUUAUAGUUGA